CGUCACUGUGCUACAUCUGGUAGUAGUAUCCUCAGCGGCCAUAUGUAAUUUAACCUCAUUCAUUCAUUUUCAGACGCGUUUUGCUUCUCUUUGUUCACAAUAAACUCCGUUUCUUUUACGGCGAGGAGCUGCGUGUUUCUCUCCGCUCAGUCAUUCUCCAGGACGUUUCCCAGUUUAUGCCGUGGUGACUGUCCGUCGCAGGCUGGGUGGUGACAGUACAAUGAUCGAGCGACCAGAGACUGCGGUUCCCAGCAUCGCUCAGCGGAACCUGGAGGGCUAUGUGGGCUUCGCCAAUCUUCCCAACCAGGUGUAUCGGAAGUCGGUCAAAAGAGGUUUCGAGUUCACAUUAAUGGUUGUAGGUGAAUCUGGUCUUGGGAAAUCGACACUCAUCAACUCUCUGUUCCUGACUGACCUGUACUCUAAGGACUACCCUGGGCCGUCCCAGCGCAUCAAGAAGACUGUGCAGGUGGAGCAGUCUAAAGUGCUGAUUAAGGAAGGAGGGGUUCAGCUGACACUCACCAUUGUGGAUACACCAGGUUUUGGAGAUGCAGUGGACAACAGCAACUGCUGGCAGCCAGUCAUAAACUACAUUGACAGUAAGUGUGAGGACUUCCUGAAUGCAGAGUCGAGGGUGAACCGCAGAUCCAUGCCGGACAACAGAGUCCACUGCUGCCUGUACUUCAUCGCACCCUCUGGACACGGUCUGAAGCCGCUGGACAUUGAGUUCAUGAAGAGACUCCAUGACAAAGUCAAUGUCAUCCCUCUUAUUGCAAAAGCUGACACUUUGACCCCUGAAGAAUGCCAGCUUUUUAAAAAACAGAUAAUGAAAGAGAUACAGGAGCACAAAAUCAAAAUUUACGAAUUCCCCGACACAGAGGAUGACGAGGACAACAAGCUCAUCCGAAAGAUAAAGGAGAAGAUGCCCCUGGCAGUAGUCGGCAGCAACGUCGUUAUUGAGGUGAACGGCAAGAAGGUCAGAGGUCGCCAGUAUCCAUGGGGCGUGGCAGAAGAGGGCAUUUUUGUGGAGAAUGGGGAACACUGCGACUUCACCGUGCUCCGCAACAUGUUGAUCAGGACCCACAUGCAGGAUCUGAAGGACGUCACCAACAAUGUCCACUACGAGAAUUACCGCAGUAAGAAACUCGCUGCCGUCACCUGUAACGGAGUGGACACUUCCAAGACCAAGGGGCAGCUCACUAAGAGUCCCCUGGCACAGAUGGAGGAGGAGCGCAGGGAGCAUGUGAUGAAAAUGAAGAAGAUGGAGGCAGAGAUGGAACAAGUCUUUGAAAUGAAGGUUAAGGAGAAGAAGCAGAAACUGAAGGAUUCAGAGGCUGAGCUGGAGCGACGCCAUGAACAGAUGAAACGGAACCUGGAGGCACAGUACAAAGAGCUGGAGGAAAAGAGACGAGUGUUUGAGGACGAGAAGGCCAACUGGGAGGCUCAGCAGAGAAUCCUCGAGCAGCAGAAACUGGACGCUUCCAAGACAAUGGAAAAGAACAAGAAGAAAGGAAAGAUCUUCUAAAGAGAGACACAACCUGUUCCUUCAGUUUUACACAAACUCAUUUUUCCUCAUCCUCCCUGAAGCUCACAUCUACUGUGGCCCUCAGAGCAAC